AUGCUAGAUUGUGACUUUUGUGAGCUUUUAUUUUUUGAGGCAGGGUGCCUGCCUUAUAUUUUGCAAAGCAGCAGGUGCACUAUGAGGAAGAGAAGUUGUGAAGAGUGCCUUUUUUUGCAUGUAAAGAGAGCACAGGAAGAGAAGAGUCAGGAGCGCUGUCACAUUAUCAUAGUAAUGUGCAGAAGAACGGGAAUAUGUCCUCCACCUACUGUCCAUGACCUGCACAUAUGCAGCUAUGCAUCAACAGAAUAUAUUCCUCGUAUGCACACAGUUGAUGAAUGGGUGUGGCAGAAGGAAUAUGACCGUGUGCAUGGAGAUGGGGCCAAGAUUGGGAGAAACAUCACCACACACACUUCUAUAUGCAUCUCUCUGUACAUGUUGCUGUUCAUCUGCCAAUCACCAUGGGAACUAGAUGCCAUGAUUCAAUACCUAUUACAAUCUCCCAACCCCCAAUCCCACCCAAUAAAAUAA